AUGGCGUUACGCAGCAAGCUCCGAUCACUGACCCUCCGGCGCUUCUCCACCUCAAUCCUGAGCCCGGACUCCAAAACCCCGCUCACCAGCAAAGAGAAAUCGCGCGCCGCCCUCUCCCUCCUCCGCUUCGAGAGCAACCCGGAGCGCGUCCUCGACAUCUGCCGCGCCGCCGCCCUCACCCCCGACACGCACCUCGACCGCGUCGCCUACUCGCAGGCCAUCACCAAGCUCAAGAAGUCCCACUACUACGAGGGAAUCCGCUCCUUCAUCACCGACUCCCUCGCCCGCCCCGAUCUCAAAUCGGAGCGCUCCGUCUCGCACUUCAUCGUCCUCUACGGCCAGGCCGGCCUCGUCAAGGACGCAGUCAAGCUGUUCGAAGAAAUGCGCCAAUACGGCGUCGCGCAAAACGUCAAAUCCCUGAACGCGCUGCUGAUCUCCUGCAUCAUGGCCCGGGAGUACGGGGAGAUGAAGCGGAUUUUCACCGAUUUUCCCGCCAAAUACUCGUUAGAGCCCGAUUUGGAUACAUACAACACCGUAUUGAAAGGCUUCUGCGAGUCCGGUAGCUCGAAUUCAGCGUACUCUGUUCUGUCGGAGAUGGAGAGGAAGGGCAUACAGCCUAAUGCCACCACAUUUUCCGUUGUGGUCGCCGGUUUCUACAAGGAGGAGAAGCUGGGCGACGUGGAGAAGGUCGCUGAAGUGAUGAAGAAGUUUGGGGUGAAGCACGGGCUUGGCGUCUACAACGCUAAGAUCCAGAGCUUGUGCAAGCUCAAGAAGUCCGAGGAGGCGAAGAAGCUGCUGGAUGAGAUCUUGGACAAGAAGAUCAAGCCUAAUUGUAUGACAUAUGGCCAUCUGAUUUACGGGUUUUGUAAAGAGGGGAAGUUGGAGGAGGCCAAGGGCUUGUUCAAGGAGAUGGUGGAUAGGAAGUUGAAGCCGGGGACGGAGAGCUACUUCACUUUGGCACACUAUUUGUGUAAAGGGAAGGAUUUUGAAGCUGCAUUGGACAUUUCUAAAGAAUGCAUUGCAAGGGGUUGGGUUCCCAGCAUAACAACCAUGAAGUCGCUUGUGAAUGGUUUGAUCAGCAUUGAGAAGGUUGAGGAGGCUAAGGAGAUCAUUGGCACGAUGAAGGAGAAGUUCUCGAGGCACGCCGAUGUGUGGACUGAGAUUGAGGAAGGAUUAGCAGCUAAGUAGAGAGAGCAAUGGGCAUGAUGUUGCAGAUACGUUUUUCUGUUACCUUGUAUCGUUUGUCUGCAAUAAGCUUAAUUAGAGGAUUUUUAGUUGUCUGAGAUGAUGGUUUAUGCAAGUUUUGCUAUUUCUUUUUCCCAUUGAAUUUGACUUGAUAUUUUGUUUCAUAAA